AUGGAAGCCAGUAACGGGAUUUCUGAUUCUUACCCCCAGGCCGCAAGUCUGCUUGAACUCUUUGAUGAACGACCUAUCCCUGUUCUUCCGCCGCAUGUCACCCAAAAGAUAUCCUUUGAAGACGCCGAUCCAUCGGACGAAGCCACGGCCGUUGUCAAAGCAUUCCACCAUGCCUUGAAAGAAAAUGACGCCCAAGCUCUUCAAGAUUGCUUCUUCACUGAUCAAGCCUACUGGAAGGACACAUUGGCCUUCACCUAUCAUUUGCGAACUUCUUAUGUUCCUUCCGUCAUAGCUGCCAAUUUGUUGGAGACCAACAUGAUGAGAAGUCUCUCCAUGAGAUGGAACAUGGAGAGCGCGGUUUUUGUCGCUGCGACACCGGCACUACAAUUUAUUGACGUCGCAUUGUCGUUUAGAACGGUAUCGCCUACAGCUUCAUGCAGUGCAAGGAUCGUACUCCUCCCGGUUGAGAACAGCCAGGGUAAGCUCGAGUGGAAGAUCUGGAUCCUGAGCACCAAGCUCGAGAACUUCGAUGUUCACCCAGAGAACGAAUCCCUGCUUCGACUACCCGGUCGUAGCUUGAAUGGCAUGACCGAGAUUGACACUGAUGUCUUUAUCAUUGGUGGCGGCAACGCGGCUGUAGCUCUGGCCGCUCGGCUCAAGACCUUUGGCGUCGAGAGCAUCAUGGCUGAACGGAAUGCCUGUGUUGGUGAUAAAUGGGCCAAGCGCUACGACUGCAUGAAGUUUCACGUGCCAACUUCAUUCUGCGACAUGCCCUACAUGAGCUACCCAGAAGAACUCCGGGGCCUUCAUCGUCUGAGCAAGGAUGAACUAGCCAAUCACCUGUCAAAAUAUGUCGCGUCAUUCAACCUCAACGUCAUUACGUCGGCAACAAUUCAGUCGACGGUCUACGAUAUGUCAAAUCCGAAAUGGACGAUUGAACUACAAACUCCUCAUGGAGUGAUCAUAGUGACUGCUAAGCAACUAAUCCAAGCAACGGGUGUCUCCUCGCAAAAGCCGUACGUUCCGAAUAUUGCAAAUGCAGAAGUCUACAAAGGGAUCAGCAUCCACUCGUCGGAUUACAAGAACGGAAGAGCAUUAGUCGAGCAAGGCGUCAAGUCUGUUCUUAUCAUAGGAUCAGCAAACACAGCUUUGGAUAUCCUCGGCGACUGCUACGCAGCCGGUCUCAAGUCAACAAUGGUUGUGCGAUCGCCAACAUACAUCUGCCCAUUUGACUAUAUCUGCCACGACGUCAGUAUGGGCGCGUACAACUUUGACGUCGCGCGCGGCGACAGAAUGUUCCUCAUGCUUCCAUCCGCAGUGGAAGGCCAACUUGCGCGGAACCUCUUCAGAGUGCUCGCGUACCAAGAGCCAGAUCGCUAUGCUGCCCUCAAAGAAGCUGGGUUUCCUGUGCUUGAUAGCGCAGACCCUAAUCAAGCGCUCUUUUCUAAUUUGAUUGAGAGAGCUGGCGGGCACUAUGUUGACGUCGGCGGAACAGAUAUUAUAGCCCAGGGCAAAGUUAGCGUCAAGGCAGGAGUCGAACCAGUCACGUUCACUGAGGAUGGUCUUCAGUUCUCAGAUGGAAGCUCGGCCGCUGCGGAUACCGUGAUCUGGUGCAGCGGCUUCGCUGAUCGUGACGUUCGAUCCGUGGUUGCUGCGAUUCUAGGAGGUGAAAAACAGACCAUCAGCGAUGAAAAGAUCCUUGGACCUCGCGAGAUCGCUGAUCGUCUCGACACAACAUGGGGCAUUGACGCUGAGGGCGAGGUACGAGGCAUGUGGAAGAGACACCUGAGACUAGAAAAUUAUUGGGUCAUGGGGGGUUAUACGCAGCAGCAACGGUGGCACUCGCGGACGCUGGCUUUGCAGAUCAAGGCUGCGUUGGAGGGGAUUCUUCCUCCGGCUUAUCGGGAGACUCUUGGGAGAGGUUAACUGUUAUCCCCCGACUUCCGAGGUGGUGAUUAUUGAUCAAGUCCGACCAUAUUCUUGAGAACCUUCUGCUAGGGUAACUGAUAUAUAAUGGUUAGUCUGUCUAAUAAUCCGGUAGUCAUAUAGUCCCCGAAUAAUGAUGUAUGAUCCCCUGGAUUAAUAUGCUGUCUUUUGGGGCCCGUAAUACGACAAACACA